AUGACGCCGCCUCUCGGCCCCGCCAAAAGCAACCAUCAUGACCCUCCCUCCAUCUCACAUGACACCGCCCUCCCCCUUCUCCCACCCUUACCCCUUGUACACAUGCAAUCGAUACUCUUUCCGUCUGUAGGGAUACUUGUCCUCGAUCCUAAAACCGGCCGGCAAGAAUGGCAAGAUGACCGCGGUAAGUUACCAUCUACUUUCAGCUGUACCCAAUCUAUCCAGCCCGGGAGGUUCGUAAUCGGCAUUUGGCCCACGAGAACACGAAACCCGAAUCAACAGACCUCGCUCGACCCUUCGGUCUAUUCGUGA